GGAGUAGUUCAGAAAAAAGAUCUAAGAAAGAGGGCUUUCUUCCUUAAGACCUCAAAUAGCCCUUAGAACGGAAACUCAAAUGAGAGUCAAACAUUGCUCAAACAACACAAUGACAGUGCGCUACACCAGGAUUGAAACGAAGAAUGACUUGGAUACUUCCCGCCAGCACAGGCAACAGCUAUUACCGAAACACUCUUUUUUCCGCAACUCAGGGCUCCCUUGGAUUAUUGUUUCACUAUCGCUUCUCAUCAAUAUCAUUGUGAUCUAUCGUCUAUCUCGGAGAAGAUCUGAGUUCCCUCUAAGAGAGAUCAACAGCCUCGUCCCGGAAUGUGAGUCAGAACAGAUAGCAUAACCAAAAGGAAGGCUAUUUUCUGACCCAGAGGUUCCAUGCACAGUUGCAACGAAAGAGAUCGUGUUCUGGCCGCGCCAAGAGUUUGUCUCCCAUCACCAGUCUAAUCG